CGUGCUGAAGGGCGCAUGCCCACUGCGGUGACGCCGCAGCUCCAUGUGUGUUGAGAAGCGCACUAUUUGGCAACAGAGGCGGUAGCGGGGAGGGCAGAAAAGAUACAGGGUAUACCCUGAAUUUUAAAAAAAAUACAUCGAAUAAUUGCAGCAAUUGUCACCCUAAAUACCUUGGACGAAGCGCAGUCGACGGAUCGCUGUCGAAUCGACCGAGUGAACCUUCAGGCGUUUGGAAAUUGCUCCCAAGGAUGAACCAGAUUUGUGGAGGUCUGCAAUUUCUUUUCUGAGGUCUUGGCUGAUUUAUUUGGAUUUUCCCAUGAUGUCAAGCAAAGAGGCACUGAGUUUGAAGGACAACAUCGGGAGCCCACUUAGCGAGCUUAAUAGAGAGGGACUGAAUCUGGCGUUGUGUUUUGCCUCUGUCCUCAGUAAAUGCUUCAAGGGGGAUGUCUGAGGAGGCUGUUCGCCAGACGCGCAGUCAGAAGAGGGCGCUAGUGAGAGAAGUCCCUCCCACUGAGUCUGACCGCAAGAAGCCCAAACUAGACCGGGCAGAGCCUGGAGCUCCAGACCAGGAUGAUGAGAGCUCAACUAAACGAAAACCACAACCCGAAACCACAAAAGAUGACCUAGACCAGUUUAAACAUGUGGUCAAGCCUGAGAAGGCACCAGAACUACCCAAGUUAAAAUUAUCGCUAGUGUUACCAUCCCAACCAGCAAAGGAGCCAGAGCGGGACUGGGCCCCGAAACGGUCAGACCCAAGCUUAGACAACCGGACUGAGAGGAAUGACCACAGCGACCAGGUCAGGGUGAAGAGUGAGGUGCCUCUAGAUGGGCGGAACAGGACCGUGAAGUCGGAACCGAUGGUGGCUAGUGGUAUGAUGACUGCAACGGAGGUGAAGGCUACCAUUAAAGUUGAGGUCCAGACAAGAGAGCAGGCGCUGGACAUGAGCACCUCUAGAGGCACUUUAAAGAGGGAGAAGUGUUCCCUGUCCCCAGACGAUGAUGUCAUUGUCCUGUCGGACAAUGACUCCUGCAGUCCGCCAAUGAACGGCUUGAACCACCUCAAGGAGCUGAACACAGACCUACUUAUGAAGACCAGUCCAGAGGACAGGGAUCGCAUCAUAAAGCAGUUGAAAGAGGAGCUGAGGCAGGAGGAGGCCAAGCUGGUGCUUCUGAAGAAACUACGACAGAGCCAGAUACAGAAGGACACACUGCAGAAGGUAUGGACGCAUAUAGCCAAGCCCUCAGUAUUGUCAGGUUCUGCAGCUCCUCCAUCUCUGAUUCGCGGAUCCAUUACAGCCAGCAAAGGCUCCCAGCAGGUGGGGUCAAGUAGGAGUUCAGGCACAGUCAUUCCUCCUCCUCUGGUGAGGGGCGGGCAGCAGAUCUCCUCCAAGCAUGGCUCCCACAACUCCCAGAUCAUCAUGCCACCCCUAGUUAGAGGGGCACAGCCAAUUGCUGUGUCUCCUCAGCAGAUCCAGUCUCUCCGGCAGCAGCAACAGCAGCAACUUUCAGGGUCUGGCUCUGGAGGCUCUGGUCCCCCUCCCCUGCUGCUGACCUCCAGGGCCAACGUACCCGGCACCCAGGCCCAGAGAGGCCUCAUCAGGGUGGGAAACGUCAACAAUGCCAGCCUGCUGGUCAACAUCUCACAGGCCUCCGCAACUAACGUGAAGGUUCCUUCUAUGACCUCCCAGUCUGGAAACAGCAGUGUGUCUGUGGUCAACGUGAACGACUCUCCUGCUGCCUGUCAGGCUGCAGCUAAGCAAGCCCUGCGUAAGCAGCUGGAGAAGACCCUUCUGGAGAUCCCUCCUCCCAAACUUCCCACCCCAGAGCUAAACUUCCUGCCCUCGGCAGCCAACAACGAGUUCAUCUACCUGGUGGGCCUGGAGGAUGUGGUGCAGAACCUGCUGGACUCCAUGAUGAGAUCUAAAACAGGGAAGCCCCCGGUCAAGCCCUCCAUCAAAGAGCCCUUCACCUGCACCCAGUGCAGCACCGAUUUUACCUGCCGUUGGAUGCAAGACAAGGCCAAGGGCGGGACCAUCCUCUGUGCGGAUUGCAUGUCCUCCAAACAGAAGAAGGCCCUGAAGGCCGAGCACACCAAUAGGCUGAAGGCUGCGUUUGUCAAGGCCCUGCAGCAGGAACAGGAGAUAGAGCAGCAGAUCCUCCAGCAGGCUGCCGCCCCUGUCUCUCACACCUCCUCCUCCUCUUUCUCCUCCUCAUCCACCUCUCCGUCGGUGAAGGCGGAGCAUCUAGUGUCCCAGCAACUGAAACAGGCCCAGGCCCAGGCUAGGGCCUCCUCUCUGCAUCACCAUCACCAACAGCACAACAGAGGACAGAGCAUUGCACGCCACCACUCAACCAACAUCAAACAGGGCCAGCUCUCCCGUGGCGGUGUCCCGUCUGUGGGGGUGAGGGGAGUGUCCCAGUCUUUCUCCUCCUCUCAGCUGCAGAGUGCAGUGGCCGCUGCAGGCUUGGUCAGCCGGCCAGGUAAGCAUGCCCAUGUGCGCUCGGCUGCCCAGGGUUCAAAGGGCAGCUCCAGUGGGAACAGCAGCAGUGGUAGCGCCCAAGCCACUGCAUGGAGGAAGCAGAACAUCAACACAGGUGUGACCAUGGCCUAUGUGAACCCCAGCCUGCCAGUCCAUAAGACCUCGUCCACAGUGGACGCCCGCCAGAGAGAGUACCUCCUGGACAUGAUCCCCUCGCGCUCCAUCUCCCAGACAGCUAACACAUGGAAAUAAUCAUCUCAUACUCAUUAUCAAUAACCUUUUACCAAUAGCUACUGUUGUCAACGCAAACAAUGCAAUUUACAGUUAAGGAAACGCAGUCUUCAAACUUUUGAGGAGAAGCAUUCUCCUUUCUUUUUUUUUUUUGCAGAGUGUUUUUGUUUCUCUUAUGUUAUUUUUCAUGUCUAUUGUUUGUUCUGAAGUUCACCGAUGUUUGGUCAGUGUGCAUAAACAGCGAUUUACUCCGAAGGAAAGAAAUACGCGUGCCCAAAGGGCUUCCUUCCAUAUGUUCGUCAGCCAUGAUGUCUGCGAGUUCAUGAUGGUUUGAGAAUUGCUGCUUUUCUCUCAAGAACUCAUGAGACGGCGUUCUGCCAACUGUGCGUUGAUAUCCGACCAUGGAAACGAUGUAUGGAGCUUUACCUAUUGGACGGCACAAUGAGCUGAUUGCCCUUUUGUCAUCACAGACUCAGCAAUGGGAUGCAGACAAACUGUCAAGGUGUGUUCAAGAUUAAAUGACUGACUAGUUGAACUGUUUGCCUUAUAUUCAAGAGUACCCCCAAAAAAUAUAAAAGACAAAAAAAUAUGAUCAAUAAACAUCCUCUUUAACUGACAAGUUAGCUUUUUACAACCAAAUCUCUAUUUUUGAUGUAAAUUGCAUGUUAUAGAAGGGUCCACACACUUUCUGCGAUUUCCCUUUAAAAAAAAAUUGUACAUACCUGAACCAACAAUUCACUUCCUCAUGUUCAUUGUCCAGUACGGGGACUCUGAAAAAACAUGAACAAACGCUCCAAAAACACCUAAAUACAGAAACGCUCUCAGUAUAGUGACGCAGGUCUUUAGAUGUUGUACACAUGCAAUUGUGUCAUUCCAAACUUCAUCCGCAACGUUAUAUUCCAUUUUGUACAACAUCUAAAGACCUGCAUCACAAUAGAGCAUUUCAGUCUCUAAAAGGGUGUUUUUGGAGCAUUUAUUCAUGUCUUUUCAGAGCCCCCCGUAUGGCACAACGAGGGUGAAUGGCUGUUUGGGGUAAGUUUCUCAAAACAAGUGAAACUGGGGAAAAAAGUGUCUAGACCUUUCUAUAACAUGCUAUUUGCUUAUAGAAAAGGAAAAUUCUCAUUUUAAAGAAACUGAGCAGUGAUGUUUUCAGUGUAUAAACUCAAACGGUUGAUUUAGAUUUGUUGGGGUAUUUACAGUAAGUUAUUGGUUAUUUUUUGGGACUGAUGUAUAAAUGAACAAUUCCUGUUUUGGUGUUAUGGUUUUAAAAACUGAACAAUUAAUACUAGCCUCAUACAAGAUGUAUAUUAUUCAGCUAUUUACAGUUUGACAGAGCCUCUAUCCUUUCAUAUGUUUUACAUACGCAGAACAAGUAGAGAUGAUCUCUUUAUUAUAUUGUCUGUAGCCUCUGCUUUGGUUUUACAUGAUUUAAUUCCCGAGUUGCCCCUUCAUAUGUGUAAUAACAUGUCUGUAAAGAGAACUAGUGGCAUAAUAAAGACUGUCUGAAUUACAUGCAAACAAAGUUUCGGUGGAAGACAACUCUAGACUCACAGGAGUCAUAUCCCAGAUCAUUUUACAAAAUGUUCUCAUCUGGUGAUAAGAAAAAAAAAGUUAACAUUGCAGGUAUUGUCAUCUGCUCAGGUACAUUUCAGGUUUUUGGUUGCCAUGUCAUGAAGCUUGGUUAGGUACAGCAACUUUUUGGUGAAGUUUGAGGAUGUACAAAAGACUGAGGAGAGAAUAAACAUGUCUUAUAUUGAAAUCACUCAUCGAUUGUUUAUGCUUGGCAUCAGGACCAAUAACUUGUAUCCCAGACAGGCCUGUGGUGAGGUAAUUGGGUUUACUACAGUGCUCCUGUAGGCUCCUUUUACUUCCUCAACUACAGUCUCAUACACGCUUUUCAGUUUUGUUCUCUUCUACUGUAAUUCUCUUCUGUAAAAGUUCCAUAGGCCUGCUAUGUGGUUUAUAAAUGAAUUAACAUCUGUGUUUGGGUUUCUGUCUACUGCUGUCAAAAUUGUUUAGGAAAUCAUUUUCAAUGCUAGUUCAGAUGCCAUCGCUGAGAAAUCUGAAAAACGUGACACCUAGCGCGAGAAGUGAAGUUGGACCACAGAACCACUACACAACACUGACCGCCAGCAACCACCCUGUUUCUUAGGGAAGAUUGGGCUCUUCACUGUCAAGCGUUACCCUCCCACCCCUUCAUGGAAACUGAUUGUCCAAUUUGUUUGGUUUGAUGUUUCCCAGCUCCAAGAAGUACCAAUAAAAAUACGAAGUCAUUUGAACCA